CGACUAGGGUGACAUUAAUCACAAGCUGUCCAUUCUUUUUUGCGUGUACGAUUCCAUACGUGGCCAAUUAAAAGAGAGUUUGCAGUUAAAAGUUAAAAAGUCGAAAGCUAUAUAUAAAUUCAAAUUGAACCCUCUUUUUCUCUCUCUACUGGGUGUGGUUUCUACCAGAAUUCAAAUUGACGAAAUAAGAAAAGAAAAGAAAGCGAAAUUUUGAUUUUGAAACGCGUCGCGGUCAAGGUCACCAGGAAAGGGAGAGAAGCAAUUUUACUAGUUGGACAUUCAUUUGAGGGUUUCUGAUUUGGACUUAGUUUGGGGAGGCUAGAGAUAUGGUGAAGUUAACCAUGAUAGCUCGUGUUACUGAUGGCCUACCAUUAGCAGAAGGGCUGGAUGCAGGUCGGGAUCCACAAGAUGAAUUCUACAAGCAGCAGGCUAAAUCCAUAUUCAAAAAUUUGUCAAAGGGCCAUAACGAAUCCUCAAGAAUGUCGAUAGAAACUGGUCCCUAUAUAUUCCACUACAUCAUUGAAGGCCGUGUUUGUUAUCUGACUAUGUGUGAUCGUUCUUAUCCAAAAAAAUUAGCUUUUCAGUACUUGGAAGAGCUCAAGAAUGAGUUUGAGAGAGUCAAUGGGGAUCAAAUUGAAACUGCAGCUAGACCUUACGCAUUCAUUAAAUUUGAUACAUAUAUACAGAAAAUUAAGAAAUUGUAUUUGGACACCCGCUCUCAACGGAAUAUUGCAAAGUUGAAUGAUGAACUCUAUGAAGUUCAGCAAAUAAUGACCCGGAAUGUGCAGGAAGUUCUUGGUGUUGGUGAAAAGUUGGACCAUGUGAGUGAGAUGUCCAGUCGUUUGACUUCUGAAUCUCGCAUAUAUGCUGAUAAGGCAAGAGAUCUAAAUCGACAGGCGUUGAUCUGGAAGUGGGCGCCAGUUGGGAUUGUCAUUGCUGUUGUUCUUCUCCUCUUUUGGGUAAAAAACAAGAUAUGGUGAUCCUUUUUGCUCGUACAUUUCAGCUGGCAUCAUUGUCAAUUAUCACUUGCCGGAUGGAGUAUGUUUCAGGAUUGUGCAGAGUUUUGGUGUGGGGUACAUAUCCAUUCUAAGGAAGAGCAGUGGAUAUUAUCAGGUGGGCAAGCCUCAAUUAUAUAAGUCCAUUAAAGGGAAAAAUGUACUUGGUAAAAUUUAGAAGAGAUCGAUCCUCUUAUUGUUAUUACUUUUAUAAUAUAACUAAACAAAUUAGGCUCAUAGUUCAUACAGACAUGUAUCUACUCGGUUUCGAUGAUAUAUUCUAAAAAGGAGAAAUUUCAAUUACUUUGUUUCUUUUCCUCCUUGUACUAAAUGGCCCACCAGAAAUGAUUUAUUUAUUGUCCA